CACCUGCUAGUCUACGAAAUAAACCUAACAGCCCUAGCUUCGCAGAGAUCACCAAAAACCCCGCACGAUUUGCACAUAGCUUCCUACAAGGAAGCAAAUUUUCAUUUGCAAUCCCUCUUCUCCAUAUUCUUAUCAUGGCCUCCAAUGGCGCUCCCCCGAGAGCUGGGGAUGCAGAGAAUAGCUUGGAGAAGAUCAAGCGGCAGUUGGCGUCAGGUUCUGGCAGGAACUUGCUGCAGGGUCCACUUCUGAAGCGAUCCGAGACCCUGAGGAAAUGGAACGAGCGGUGGGUAAUCUUGGACCCGACCACUGGGAGAAUGGAGUACAAGAUUCGGAGAAAUGAGCCAACUGUCAAGGGAACCAUUAUAUUUGACGCAAAUAGCACAAUUACCGUAUCUCCAGUCAACUUCCAUGGACUACCAAAGUAUGAUGGCUGCUGUAUAUAUAUUGGGACCCCACAGAAAAAAGACUACUUCCUCUGUGCAGAGACUUCUGGUGCAGCUAGAGCUUGGGUUUCAACUUUACAUGCAUCGCAGUUGGUUCUGAGAGCCCAUAAAGAGGCUGUGAAUUCCUUAAGUGGGAAUGGUUCUCCAAAGUUAGGAACAGUCGCAACGGUGGUUGCUGCUGCCAAUUCGAUAGCCCUUGAAUGUUCUAAAGAAAUUGAAUCAGCGAUGCAUAUUUCAUUGAGAAAUGCUCUAGGAAUGGUGACGAAUAAAACAAGUGAUGGUCCAAUGGAUGAUCUAGCAAUCAUGAGGGAGACACUACGAGUUAAGGAUGAGGAACUGCAGAAUUUGGCUCGGGACCUUCGUGCACGGGAUUCAACAAUAAAAGAUAUAGCAGAUAAAUUAUCUGAAACUGCCGAAGCUGCUGAGGCUGCUGCGUCUGCAGCUCAUACAAUGGAUGAACAAAGGAGAAUUGCAUGUGCAGAAAUUGAGCGUCUUAAAAGAGAUUGGGAGAAGCAGCUGGAGUCAUUUAUGUUAAAGCUAAGAGAGUCCGAACAAAAGGUCAUGACCUUGAGUAAAGAAAGAGAUCAAUUGAUCAAACAGAGAGACUCUGCUAUUCAGGAGGCACAUAUGUGGCGUUCUGAGCUUGCAAAAGCCAGAGAGCGUGCUGUUAUAUUAGAAGCAACUGUCGUGAGAGCAGAGGAAAAGGUCAGGGUUGCAGACGCAGAUGCUGGAGCUAGAAUAAAGGAGGCUGCACAGAAAGAGUCAGCUGCUGUGAAGGAAAAGCAAGAGCUUCUGGCAUAUGUAAAUAAGUUACAAUCGCAACUCCAAAGAAAUCAUAUUGAUACCAAGCAAGUUUUUGAGGAGAGGACUGAGUCGUGCUCAGAUAUUGAUAAUACUCUUCCAUUGACAAAGCAUGUAGACUUAUCAGAAGAGAAUGUCGAUAAAGCUUGUCUCAGUGUUUCUAGGGCAAUCCCAGUCUCUGGGGAGAGUGUAGUACACAUGGCAGCAGAUCAGGUGAACCUCCAGCCAAUUGGAGAUAGUGAAUGGAGCGAUAUUCAGGCAACAGAAGCAAGGAUAGCUGAUGUUAGAGAAGUUGCUCCUGAGACUGAAGGAAGCAGCUUGGAUAUUCCUGUUGUUAGCCGAGCGGUUACUAACCACCACGAACAAGGAGUAAACUCUUUUCAUCAGCCUUGAUAUCAAAUAUCAACAUUUGUUAACAAAAACUUUCAAAUGUAGGGACUGGCACCCGUUCAGUUACAUGCACGAGAAUGUGAACUUUCUUGAUGUAUUUCUUUUCAUAAUUAAGCUAUAUGAAUGAGGUAAAUUGACGUCUAUUUCAUGGUUCUUUGAAAUUAUACAAAGUGUACUUUAUGAGUGCUUCACAAUAAACCAUUUAUUAUAAUUUGUAUACA